UCCUUAUAGCCCUUGGAUGUGGGAGGAUUUCAUUCAGUCUGGUUCCUGGUUGCCGGCUGAAAAAACCUGACUGAGAGCAUCACCCCCUCAACAUGGACUUGCAGAAUUCUACAGAAGAGAGGAGACUGGCCUGGGCAAACAACCCUAGGAGCUGGGGGCCUGAUGGGCUUUCUACCCGGGACGCUGCUCCAUGCCCUAACUGAUGCCCACAACAACCUUCUCCUAAAAUGUCCACCAACGUGGCCUAAGUCAGGUUCCCCCAAACCAGAUACCAACACAAGAAUCCAUGUGCAAGUGACUGAAGGAAGUGCUAGGAAAACCCCAGAUGUAGCCUGGAUGUGAAUUUCAACUCCAAAGUGUGCCCAGACUCAAAGCAAGGACGCUAGGCUUUCCAGACCUCCUACUAAGUCAUCGAUCCAGGAUUACCCUGGCAGGACAUAAAUACCUGGCACUUUUAGCUCCUGCAAAGGAGGGCAAAGCAGCUUCAGGAGCCCUUAGGAGUCCUCCAAAGAGAGUCUAGGUACAGGCCCUAAAAUAGAAGAACACAGAAGGCAGGCCAGGGGCACUGUGAGAUGGUAAAAGAGAUCUGAAGGGAUCCAGAAUUUAAGCCAGGAAGAAGUAGCAUUCUGCCUUCUGGAUUAAAACUGAAGAUCAACCUACUUUCAACUUACUAAGAGAGGGGAUCAUGGACAUUGAAGCAUAUCUUGAAAGAAUUGGCUAUAAGAAGUCACUGAACAAAUUGGACUUGGAAACAUUAACUGACAUUCUUCAGCACCAGAUCCGAGCUGUUCCCUUUGAGAACCUUAACAUCCAUUGUGGGGAAGCCAUGGACUUGGGUUUAGAGGCCAUUUUUGAUCAAAUUGUGAGAAGAAAUCGGGGUGGGUGGUGUCUCCAGGUCAAUUAUCUUUUGUACUGGGCUCUGACCACAAUCGGUUUUAGAACCAUGAUGUUGGGAGGGUAUGUUUAUAGCACUCCAGCCAAAAAAUACAGCACUGGCAUGAUUCACCUUCUCCUACAGGUGACCAUUGAUGGCAAGAACUACAUUGUCGAUGCUGGGUUUGGACGCUCAUAUCAGAUAUGGCAGCCUCUUGAGUUGAUUUCUGGGAAGGAUCAACCUCAGGUGCCUUGCAUCUUCCGUUUGACGGAAGAGAAUGGAUUCUGGUAUCUAGACCAAAUCAGAAGAGACCAGUACAUUCCAAAUGAAGAAUUUCUUAAUUCCGAUCUCAUAGAAAGCAGCAAAUACCGAAAAAUCUACUCCUUUACUCUUGAGCCUCGAACAAUUGAAGAUUUUGAGUCUAUGAAUACAUACUUGCAGACAUCUCCAGCCUCUGUAUUUACUAGCAAAUCAUUUUGUUCCUUGCAGACCCCAGAUGGGGUUCACUGUUUAGUGGGCUUCACCCUCACCUAUAGGAGAUUCAAUUAUAAGGACAAUACAGAUCUGAUAGAGUUCAAGACUCUGAAUGAGGAAGAGAUAGAAAAAGCACUGAAAAAUAUAUUUAAUAUUUCCUUGGAGGGAAAGCUUGUGCCCAAACAUGGUGAUAGAUUUUUUACUAUUUAGAAUAAGGAGUAAAACAAACUUGUGUAUUUAUUACCUAGCUCACCAGUUAUCAACCGAUGACCCAUCAGUUGGUAACUGAUAAGGGUGCCUUCUGUAUCCUUACAUUAUUUUAAAGAAACUCCUAGACAUCAAAUCAUUUCACCAUAAAAAUUUCAGCAUAUGUAAUUAAACAGCUUUUUAAAGAAACAUAACCACAAACCUUUUGAAAUAAUAAUAAUAAAGGUAUUUUAAAGAUGGCCUUUGGUUAUCCUGGCAAUCAGUGAUUUAUGCUAGAAAGCUUUUAAUGUUGGUUUAUUGUUGAACUCCUAGAAAAGUUUUAUUGGUAGAUGAGUAAAUAGAAUAUUGU